AUGCUGCACUUGCAGGGUGCACAGAUGCUGCAGAUGUUAGAAAAAUCCUUGAGGAAGUGCCUCCCUGAGUCCUUAAAGGUUUAUGGGACCAUCUUCCACAUGAACCAGGGAAACCCAUUCAAGCUAAAGGCCCUGGUGGACAAGUGGCCUGAUUUUAAUACAGUGGUUGUUCGCCCCCAGGAGCAGGAGAUGACAGAUGACCUCGAUCACUACACCAAUACUUACCAAAUCUACUCCAAGGACCCCAAGAACUGUCAGGAAUUCCUUGGCUCACCAGAAGUCAUCAACUGGAAACAACAUUUGCAGAUUCAAAGUUCACAGUCCAAACUGGAUGAGGUGAUAGAAAAUCUUGUAGCUGUUAAAUUGGGCCAGGUCAAGCGAACACAAUGCCUCCUCUACAUGAUCUUUCAGACAGCAAAGAAAUUAGUCCCUUCCCUGCUGGAUGCAGAGAAGCUGUCUCCGAGCAGAGGCACGCACAGCUCCAUCAACCAAGAGAUGUUUAAACUCUCAUCCCUGGAUGUCACCCACGCUGCCCUGGUGAAUAAAUUCUGGCAUUUCGGCGGCAACGAGAGGAGCCAGAGAUUCAUCGAGCGCUGUAUCCAGACCUUCCCCACCUUCUGUCUGCUGGGGCCCGAGGGGACCCCUGUGUCCUGGGCCAUGAUGGACCAGACCGGAGAGCUGCGGAUGGCAGGCACCGUGCCUGAGUAUCGAAGGCACGGUCUCAUCCUUCAUGUCACCAGUGCCCAGAUCCAGGCUCUGGAGGAACUUGGCUUCCCCAUGUAUUCUCACGUGGAUAAAGCCAACCACACCAUGCAAAGAUUGGCCGUCAAAAUCCAGAGUGUCCGCAUGCCCUGUGCCUGGAACCAGUGGCAAUAUGUGCCUCUGAGAACACAGGACAGUGCUGGGUGGGCCGGACGUGUAGCAGGAGGAACCUCUGGGUGGAUGGAGAGAAGGAAUACACUGUAA